AUGGCCAAUGCAGCCCUAAAACUCAUUUCCACCAUUUUUAUACUUGUAUUUCUUUCCAGCUUCAUAAUCCCGGGACGUAAUUGUCAAGAAUUUUCAAGAAAAUUAUCGAAGAAAGAAUUUGGCCUCAAAAGAGAAAAACUAAGCCACCUCCACUUCUACUUCCAUGACAUAGUAAGCGGCCGAAAUCCCACCGCCGUCCGUGUGGCUUCCGCCGCCAUGACAAACACCUCCUCCAGCUUGUUCGGCGCGGUGGUGAUGAUGGACGAUCCUUUGACAGUCGGACCAAACAUGACCUCCAAACUUGUCGGAAGGGCACAAGGCAUAUAUGCAUCGGCGGAUUUGAAUGAACUCGGUCUUUUGAUGGUUUUGAACUUUGCUUUUGUUGAAAGAAAGUACAAUGGCAGUACCCUCAGCGUGUUGGGGCGGAACAAGGUGUUUUCCGCCGUGAGGGAGAUGCCGAUUGUAGGCGGAAGUGGGAUUUUCCGAUUUGCUCGUGGCUAUGCUCUGGCAAAGACUCACUAUGCUAAUUUACAAACAGGGGAUGCCAUUGUAGAGUACAAUGUCUAUGUCUUUCACUAUUGA